CUAACUAGACCUAACGGGCCAUAUUCGUUCACUCUCAAAUCUAAAUAUAUACUCGACCUCGAUCAUUAUCAUCUUCGUUAUCAUCAUGGUCAGUGAUAAUAACAAGAAGCUUGUCCAGGAAGUGUCCGGUUGGCUAAGAGUCUAUGAUGAUGGCUCAGUCGACCGAACAUGGACUGGACCUCCCGAGGUCAAGUUCAUGGCCGAGCCAGUCCCGCCCCACGACGAAUUCAUCGAAGGAGUGGCCACUAAGGACGUGUUGGUCGACCAAAACUCGGGCCUUCGUGUCCGGAUUUACCUCCCGGAGCAGCAGCCAAAACCAGAGGAAAUCGAUGACAACAAAGUCAAAGGUGAGCAACUAAAGCUCCCCAUCAUACUUCAUUUCCAUGGAGGAGGCUUCUGCAUCAGCCAAGCUGACUGGUACAUGUACUACCACAUAUACACUAAGCUCUCCCGCUCCGCCAACGCCAUUGUCGUGUCCGUUUAUCAACGCCUAUCACCGGAGCACCGCCUCCCGGCGGCAAUCGAAGACGGCUACUCUGCUCUACUUUGGCUCCGUUCUGUUGCCCUAGCGGAACAAAAAGAGCCGUGGCUUCUCAGCUAUGCCGAUUUCAACAGAGUUUUCCUCAUCGGAGAUAGCUCUGGAGGGAACAUUGUCCACCACGUGGCGGCUAAAGCGGGGAAUAUAGACUUGAGUCCACUGAAACUCGCCGGCGGGAUCCCCAUCCACCCGGGUUUCGUUCGGUCGGAGAGGAGCAAGUCGGAGCUGGAGCAGCCCCAGUCUCCAUUCCUUACACUUGAUAUGGUGGACAAGUUCUUGGGGCUUGCCCUACCUGAGGGGUCGACGAAAGACGAUCCUAUUACGUGUCCGAUGGGGUCGAGGGCUCCACCGUUGGAAGGGCUGAAGUUGCCGCCGUUCCUGCUGUGCAUUGCGGAGAAGGACCUGAUCAUUGACACAGAGAUGGAGUACUACGAGGCCAUGAAGAAGGCGCACAAAGAUGUGGAGAUUCUGAUGAACAAGGGAAUGAUGCACAGCUUCUAUCUCAAUAAGGUUGCAGUUGACAUGGACCCAGAAACAGCUGCAGAGACUGAGCGUCUCAUUGAAGGGAUCAAGGGGUUCGUGGAGAAGCACUGAAAAGACUGAGUGGCCUUCUAGGAUUUUAGUUCAUGCAGUUUAUAUUAAGUAAUGUUUGGAGGGUAUAUAUGCCCUUAACUUAUCUUAUUAUGUAUACGAUAAAAUAAGCACCACUUGAUUGGAUCCCUACAGUCUUGUCGUUGCUCUUUAGCAACUGAAACUGAGGGAGAUUUAGAGACUGGCGCCGGUUAUAACCGUCCGGCGUCAUCCGGGAUAAGUUUUAGCCACGACUAGAAGGAUAUAUGUAUUGCGUACGUACUUUCACUUCGGAAAAGCUUUUUGGCCAUAUUGCAUGUAAGUUCAUUAUUCCAUUUC